UGAGCAGGGCUGGAAGCGCAGAGUGGGAGUCGGAGCACCUCAGUCCCGCGCAGGCCUGGGUCUUUCCGCCGCUCACUGGCACCGAAGUUUAAGGGCCCGGCCCACUGCCGCGGCGCAAGUGAGCAGCCUCAGGAAGCCUCGCCGGCUCGGGUCAGAGACGACCACCCCUGGUCUCUGACCCGAGGAGAAACCGAUGUCAGCGACAGGGGCUGUUUCAAAGCCAGUUACAGAGGCUGGAACCCUCCAGGAAGAGGACUCUCCAAGAACAGGGGCAUAAGCACAGCCCCAGUGAAGAGUUGACAUUAUGAGGCCGAGUUUGGCUUCUGAUUUCCCACUGGAGGACUUGGAGCAUUUGGUCCCUGCGGCGCUGGAUGCCAUGAGUUGCUAAAAGUGAGCCUGGCUUUUCAGCUGUCUUGGGGGCACAGUGUCGGGGGCACAGAGCCAUGUCUGACCUGCUUCUCCUAGGCCUGAUUGUGGGCCUGACUCUGCUGCUGCUGCUGACACUGCUGGCCUUUGCUGGGUACUCAGGGCUGCUGUCUGGGGUGGUGGUGAGUGCCGGCUCACCCCCCAUCCGCAAUGUCACUGUGGCCUACAAGUUCCACGUGGGGCCCUACAGCGAGACUGGGAGGCUUUUCACCGAGAGCUGCAGUGUCUCCCCCAAGCUCCGCUCCAUCGCCGUCUACUACGACAACCCCCACAUGGUACCCCCUGAGAAGUGCCGCUGUGCAGUGGGCAGCAUUCUGAGUGAAGGUGAGGAGUCACCCUCCUCUGAGCUCAUCCAGCUCUACCAGAAAUUUGGCUUCAAGGUGUUCUCCUUCCCGGCACCCAGCCAUGUGGUGACGGCCACCUUCCCCUAUACCUCCACCCUGUCCAUCUGGCUGGCUACCCGCCGUGUCCAUCCUGCCCUGGAUGCCUACAUCAAGGGGCGGAAGCUGUGUGCCCACCCUCGGCUAGAGAUCUACCAGCAAGACCAGAUCUAUUUCAUGUGCCCACUGGCACGGCAGGGAGACUUCUACGUGCCUGAGGUGAAGGAGACAGAGCGGAAAAGCCGAGGGCCCGCAGAGGCCACUGACGCCCAGAUGGAUGGCACAGAUACAUGGAUCCAUGUAGAUGUGGAUUCACACAUGUUACCCCUGGCAACACAGAUACAAAGACCCUGCCUGGAUUCCCUUCAGAUGCAACAGGGAGUACCCUUGGAAACUGAGCUCACAGACAGCUGGAUGCUCAUGGGAGGAGCUGAUACGAUGAGUGACACGAGUUCUGUAAGCCUGGAGGUUGGUCCUGGCAGCCGGGAGACUUCAGCUGCCACACUGUCCCCUGGGGUGAGCAGCCGUGGCUGGGACGAUGGUGACACCCGCAGUGAGCACAGCUAUAGCGAGUCGGGCGCCAGUGGCUCAUCCUUUGAGGAGCUGGACCUGGAAGGCGAGGGACCCCUGGGAGAGCCAAGGCUGAGCCCUGAGGCUGAACCCCUAGGGGCUGCCAAGUGGCCCCGGGAACCUAGUACCCCGGAGAAGGGUGAGGAGUAACCCUAGGCUCAUACCCUCCUGGGGUGCAAUCGCUAAGGAACUGAGCAGACUCUCCAGCCCUCUUCCUCCUUCACCUCUCAGGCCCAGGCUGGGGCCUGGGGCCUCAGGGGGACCUGAUUUCCACUGCCCUGGGCUCUAGCUAAGCCUUCUACCACACUUUUGGCUCCCAGGGCCAAAGGAGCCAGGGACUGUAAUCUGCACCCAGACCCCGGGGCUACUGCCCCUCUGACACCUUUUUUCAGAUUCACAUUGGAGCUUCCAGAACCAGAAUAAAGCAUAUAAUUUUCUUGUUUCACCUGGA